AUGCUACAGAAGAUUUACUAUAACUUAUUAUUCAAUAAAAGAAGCAGCGAUGAUGAAUGUGUUGGUAGUAAGCAACAAUGUGAAAAGCCGGCUGCUAGUUCAUACAAUAAGGCUAUCAUCAUUGGUGUGGUUGUACCUGUUGUUGUAGUGGCCUUAUUAUUUAGUGGUAUAAUCAUUCAUGUUUAUAGGAAAAAUAAAAGGGAAAAGGAAAUUUACGAAGAUCCAGAAUUUAAUGGUAGUCUAGAAAUAAAUGAUCCUCCUGUUAAUUACAAUAAACCUGUCAUAUACAACUUCGAUAACAAUAUCAGAAAUAAUAACAUCGGCACCCCCAAGUUUAAUCAACAAUAUUCAAGAAUACCUAAUAAUGACCCAUUUGGGAAUGACAAGGCCAUCAUUAGUAAACAGAAUUCCUUCAAUACAGACCAAUAUACUGUUGAUACCGAGUUGACUGAUUUUAAUAACAAAAAAGUCAAUAAUGAGGUUACAACUGCGAAGGAUCCUACCAACCCAUUUAUUUAA